CGCAGGGACGCACGCAGGCAGGCAGGCAGGCAGGCAGGCAGACGGCAUGGUUACGGCGCACCGGAGUGACCAGCAGUCUCUCUCCAUGUAGCCAGCUCGCAGCUGCACUCUCUCUCUCUUUCUCUUUCUCUCUCACACACACACACACACACACACACACACACACACACACACACACACGCAUGCAUGCACACACACACAGGCAUCCACACACACACAUAUAUACACACUCGCACUCUGGCGUUCUCUCACACAAACUCAGCGCACCACUCUCAGGGGUGGGGGCGAGAGACGUGCGCUGUAUCCUGCCUUUCUUCACGUGGGGGACCAGACCAGCCAGAAAGAGACAGAAGAGUUUUGUCCUGGAAUUCUGAGUUUUCACGUUUUUUUCUUUCUUUUUUUGUUUGUUUUCUUUUUGAAUUUUUUUGACUGUUGAUUUUUUUAUUUUGUUUUUGUAUUGGGCUUUUUUUGUUUGUUUGUUUUUUGCUUGUUGUUGUUGUUGUGGUAGCCUUACCAACCACACCCCCCCCCUUGAACGGGUCAGGGUGGUGUGUGUCACCUAAAGGGCUGCAUGCAUGACACAACGCAAAGGCGAGAAGACGACCAUCAGCAUCCAGGAGCACAUGGCUAUUGACGUGUGUCCUGGCCCCAUUCAGCCCAUCAAGCAGAUCUCUGACUACUUCCCCCGCUACCCGCGGGGUCUGCCCCCCACAGCACCGCCGGCCCUUAGCCGCACCGGCUCCCUGCGCUCCUCUGCCGCCAGCCAGCAGUCCGACGGGCCCGCUGACCAGCCGCGCGCCGAUGACGACCCGGACCGAGCCUUCGGCGCCGGAGCCGCCGCACCGCCUGCCAGCCGGAGGGACGAGGAGCCGGAUGUGGAGGGCUACGACUCAGACGACUCUACUACCUUGGGCACUCUGGACUUCAGUCUACUGUACGACCAGGAGAACAACGCUCUCCACUGCACCAUCAACAAAGCCAAGCUCCCUAUCCCCCGGUACAAAAAGGGACUCAAACCAAUGGAUCACAAUGGGCUCUCUGAUCCCUAUGUGAAGCUGCACCUGCUGCCUGGAGCUAGUAAGGCCAACAAGCUCCGGACCAAGACCCUCCGCAACACCCUCAACCCUGUUUGGAGUGAGACCUUGACCUACUAUGGCAUUACUGAUGAGGACAUGGUCCGCAAAACACUCAGGAUUUCAGUGUGUGACGAGGACAAGUUCCGCCACAAUGAAUUCAUCGGAGAGACUCGGAUUCCCUUGAAGAAGUUAAAGCCCAACCAGACAAAGAAUUUCUACAACUGUUUAGAGAAACAGCUGCCUAUUGAUAAAACAGACGAUAAAUCCCUGGAGGAGAGGGGAAGGAUCAUGAUCUCGCUGAAGUACAGCUCCCAAAAGUCUGGCUUGGUGGUGGGGAUUGUACGCUGUGCCCAUCUUGCUGCAAUGGAUGCAAAUGGUUUCUCGGACCCCUAUGUUAAAACGUACUUGAAACCAGAUGAGAACAAAAAGUCAAAGCACAAGACUACUGUCAAGAAGAAAACCCUUAAUCCUGAGUUCAAUGAGGAGUUCUUCUAUGACAUCAAAUAUGCUGACCUCACCAAAAAAACACUGGAAGUCACGGUCUGGGAUUAUGAUAUUGGGAAGUCAAAUGAUUUCAUUGGCGGAGUAUCGCUGGGAAUCAACGCGAAUGGAGAGAGACUGAAGCACUGGUUUGACUGUCUCAAAAACAAGGACAAGAAAAUCGAGCGUUGGCACACUCUAACCAAUGAACUUCCUGGUUCUGGAAUGAACGACUGAAGAAGACUUGUGAAAUGUCAGCAUUGGUGGAGCAAAUACCCUAAUUGUCCCUCGUUGUGUUGAUGUGAUCCCAGACAGAUCGACAGACGUGGCAUCCUCCAGCAGAUUACUGGCUCAGAGGUGGGUGUUGAGCCAACCUCCUCCCAGAUAAUAAAAAAAAAGUUGGUUAUGUUGCUCUCUUUACAUUGUUUCUGUAGUCUGAUGUCAGGGCUCUGCAUAGAUCCACAAAACAAGUGUGUCAUCAAAAGAACAUAGGAACCUCUAGGAAGGAAGGAAUUACAUAGGAACAUAGGAAGUGAAAAUGUACACCUCCUUUUAGAAGGCAAGGCAUGAUGUCAGCAAUCCUUCUUUCUUCCCCGUUCUCAACUGACCAACUAUUAGAAUGAUUUUUCCUUCAGAACUCAAGCUCAAGAUUCAUCUGUUGUUUACACAAUGUACAGUAGGCUGCAGUUCCACACUCCUCCGCUGCCUGCUUGGUCCCUAAGUACGCUGGGUGUGGACUUGAGAAAGCUCUGUGAUUUUUGUACGCCUCCGUGGUUUUGCACUGGUCAUGUUCCUUUCAGUCAGUCAGUUGUCAAAAAAAGUGAGUGAUCAAGAUUUGUUGGGUUUCAUUUGUUUUUAUAUCAAUUUUGUGGAGUAUCUUGUUGCUUUAAUGUUUUUGGUUGUUUUUUAAGGUAGAGUAUAAUCGAAGAACCCUGUCAAUAUACAAAAUAUAUCAAAUGAAUGUAAAUUAUUAACCAUUGUUUUCUAUGGUGUCUAAGUGUGCACCCAAGUGCUGUAUGUAAAAGAUAACAGAGCACACAGACAUUCUAAGUGAACAGCAGUGUCAGUGAAGGUAUACAGAAAACUGAUUUUGUUACAAUUUCUAAAUUACCGGCACAAAAAAUUAGGCAAAUGCCCCCACCAUAGCUAUGAGCUUGUCAUUAAGAAAUGUUAGCCACAAAGCCACGUGGCAUGUAAAGGAAAGUGGACAUCCAUUUGCCAUGUUUUACAAAGUCUUGGCUUGGCUUGACCACCAUAACAUACAAAAUUUCAAUGUGCCAAGGUCCCUGUGGAAAGUUCCUAUUGUAUUUGAGAUUAUUUGUGCUUUGUUAAAAAAUUGAAUGCUCAAGAAAAGAAAUAUAGGAGACGUGGACAGCCAUGACUGAUAUACAGUACACAUUCAUCACAUUAAGUAUUAUCUCUUCUCUUCUUUUGGUUUAUGUGUGAGUGUAAACAUUGUGUCUUUUAAUAUUAACAAAUAUCAUGUAUUAACUGUUCAUUUAUUCGUCAGCUUCUCUGUAACUAUUGUGUGUGAGUUUUAGGCUAUUCUUAGAAGUUUAGACAGCUUAGCCAUUUUAGCUUCUACUGCAGACAUAAUCGCAACACUAUACAUACAUGUUCAUGAAUUUAUGUUUUAUUUUAUUUUUGUUAUUCUUGUUUAUUCUUGUUUAUUCUUUGUUAUAUUUUUACCUUAUUUGGUCAGGCUCCAAUCUCUUACAAUCAAACAGCAUGGAUACUGAAUUGAAUGGUUAGGAAUGAGCUGCAUGGCGGAUUGGCAGCGCAGCGCCACAAUACUGCCGGUAUUCAUUUGAAUUGCUUUGACCACUGCAAAGCCCAAGUUGAGCUCCAGCCUGCAAGGAUGUCUGUGCACCUACUCCUUACUACUACAGACUUUCUGUCUCAAUGCAUAUUCAGUACAACAGCCACACUUGUGACACUUUUGUAAUCUGUUUGCCUUUGUAUUCAAUCUUCAAACUACAGAAAUGCAUGCAAUGUUCAUGGUUUGUCACAAAAAUGGCUUAAUGUUUGAUACUGCUGAUUUUUCUGUGAAAAAAAAUCUGGAUGCUACAAAGAAUGUCAGUGUCUUUUCUUGGACAAAGUUUUUGUACCUUUAAACGCUACUGCAUUGCCCGCCAGGCUGCUGUAUUAACCGGAGAUGUGACUGCAUGUGGAAGGUCUGUCUCUGUUUUGUUCCUUUUUUAACACUCAGGCAAUUGUUUGCAUAUUCUAGUGGUUCUCUGAUGAAAAACAAAACAAACAAAUGUACUCUCAACUCACCUUACUCUUGCACCAAUUCUGGCUGAAUUAUCGUGCCUUUUCUUAUGUAAGUGUGAUUUUUGCACCACUCACUUUACAGUAAUUCCUAGGUCUGUAUUAGCUUUUAAUAUGGAAAUGAUACAUAUUUCUAUUUCUGUCCCAAUUUGCCACGCAGUGACACAUUGGCAUUGUGUCAUUGCACUGUGUGUUGGCAGCAUUGAUGGCAAAGGUGCAAGGCUGAGGUGAACGGGGGACAGAUCCUGGUUUCUGGUAGAUGAUAGAAAGCCGUUAUUGUUCAAGUAAAUACAAUCAAGUCCUCUUGUAACCUAUUACAGCACAGCAUAGCUAUAUAAAUGUUAGUAAUGAACAGGUCAUACGGAUGUGAGACAACUACCCAAAACCUUACAAAAUCUUAUUAUAGCCUAGUUGAUAAACAUUCUGAUGAUGAUGAUCUCACAUAAAUCAGCAACAUUGAGCACUGAGUACAACACAAGUGCUCCAUCAGAAACCUGAAUCUGAUAUUUUCGUUAUGUCCUUUUCAGAGUAUUAUAUUUCUUUUUUGUGAAUGGUGUGCUAUUUAUGUUUGACAACAGAAACCUGUGUCUAAUAAAGUAGAGAACCAAUAUAAA